CAGCACUGAAGCAUUUUUGCUCCCUUUUAGACUAGUGGAAUGUCCGAGAAGACGUCUGAUCCAGGGACAGUUAGCAUUACAAUGGAAGACAGCCUUUGUAAUGGGGGAACACAGCCCCAGGAAGCUCCAUUGCUAACCCAUCUGAAGAAGGUGGAUAACCACAUCACAGAGGCACAGCGCUUCUCUCACCUGCCCAAACGCACUACUGUGGACCUGGUGUUCAGUGACCUCUCCUACACCAUCAGAGAAGGACCGUGGUGGGAGAAAAAAGGUUAUAAGGCCUUGCUCAAGUGUCUAUCAGGCAAGUUCUGCAGUCGGGAACUCAUUGGCAUUAUGGGUCCCUCUGGGGCUGGAAAGUCUACCUUGAUGAACAUCCUGGCAGGGUAUAGGGAAACAGGGAUGACUGGACAGAUACUGGUAAAUGGAAAGCUCCGAGACCUCCGAACCUUUCGUAAAAUGUCCUGUUACAUUAUGCAGGAAGACAAAUUGCUGCCCCACUUGACCGUUCAAGAAGCAAUGAUGGUAUCAGCCAACCUGAAGCUUAAUGAAAACACAGAGGUGAAAAAAGAGCUGAUAAAAGAAAUUCUGACAGCCCUGGGACUACAUGAGUGUGUCCACACUCGUACUGUCUCUCUCUCUGGGGGCCAGUGUAAGAGGUUAGCUAUUGCCCUCGAGCUAGUAAACAACCCCCCAGUCAUGUUCUUUGAUGAGCCCACCAGUGGUUUGGAUAGUGCGUCCUGUUUCCAGGUAGUGUCUUUAAUGAAGUCUCUGGCACAAGGAGGGCGAACCAUCAUUUGCACUAUUCAUCAGCCCAGUGCCAAACUCUUCGAGAUGUUUGAUAAGCUGUAUAUUUUAAGCCAAGGCCAGUGCAUAUAUAAGGGAAGUGUCCCAUACCUCAUCCCUUAUUUGAAGGGACUGGGUCUUCACUGUCCAACAUACCACAAUCCUGCAGAUUUCAUCAUUGAGGUAGCAUCAGGAGAGUAUGGUGACUUGAACCCAGUGUUGUUUGAGGCUGUUCAGGGUGGCAUGUGUGCUUUGGGGGAAAAGUGCAACUGUAUCGACAUAACCACCGUACCCGCAUGCGCUGCAAAAUGUGUCAAAGAUUCAGGACACAUUGAGAGCCAUACCUUUGCUACAAGCUCUCUGACUCAGUUCUGCAUUCUAUUUAAAAGAACAUUUAUUACAAUAUGCAGAGACCAGGUUUUGACACAUCUGCGGCUAAUGUCACACAUCUCGAUUGGAGUGUUGAUAGGCCUGCUGUACCUCAAUAUUGGCAAUGAUGCCAGCAAAGUCUUCAACAACACCGGUUUCCUCUUCUUCUCAAUGCUCUUUAUCAUGUUUGGAGCGCUGAUGCCUACAGUUCUUACCUUUCCUCUAGAGAUGGCUGUGUUUCUGAGGGAACAUCUAAACUACUGGUACAGUCUGAAGGCUUACUAUCUGGCAAAGACAAUGGCUGACAUUCCCUUCCAGGUCAUUUGUCCCAUCAUGUACUGCAGUAUUGUGUACUGGAUGACUGAACAGCCUCCAGAGGCAGCCCGCUACUUGCUGUUUUUGGCUUUGUCAAUCUGUACAGCUUUAGUAGCUCAGUCUCUUGGGCUUCUGGUCGGUGCUGCCUCCACAUCCCUUCAGGUGGCCACUUUUGUUGGUCCAGUUACAGCCAUUCCAGUCCUACUUUUCUCAGGCUUCUUUGUGAACUUUGACACCAUUCCAGAAUACUUACAGUGGAGUUCUUAUGUGUCCUAUGUCCGGUAUGGAUUUGAGGGGGUGAUUUUGUCCAUUUAUGGGAUGAACCGAACUGAUCUUGAAUGUCCAGGAAGGGUUUGCAAGUUCCAAAGACCUGAAGAAGUUCUGCAGUUGUUGGAUGUAGAAGAUGCCAAGCUCUACAUGGACUUCAUUGUACUGGGUAUUUUCUUCCUUAUCCUGCGACUCGCCACUUACUUGGUUCUUCGGUACAAAAUAAAAUCAGAGCGAUAAUAUUCAAGUCAUGGCGUUUCAUGGUCUCCAGCACAGGCUACUCUAGAAACCAUUUCCAAAGGUGUCAUCCUCUGCUCAGGAAGGUCAGAUUUACUUGUUGAUCUGGUUCUAGUUUUGUUUUUCAUUUGGAUUAAAUAAAUCACAUUUCAUUAGGGGCUUUCGCACUGGAUAGUUCUAGGAACUUAGUAAUAGGAAGUAGGAACUAACCACCAGGAUGGUUCCCCGAGAACUAAUGGUUCCCCUAGGAACGUUUUCCUGUUGCAUUCGCACCGCCAGUAAGAACUCUGAAGUGAUGUGAGCCGCGCUCGUUGUUGCGACUUUUAUUUUGACGGCGCUCAGAACGCCAGAGCCUGAGCAAACAAAAAAUGCUCGCAUUCUCCGUGUUCAUUAGUUUAUGAUCUGUCUAACAGUCCUGUCUAAUACGAUAUUAGAUAGAACUGUUAUACAUAGAAAGUAGACAGUAAUGAAAAGUUAUUAGCGUAUGCCGUGUGGUUGAUGUCCAGUGUUUAAAAAUUUGCUCCAU